UCAAGGGGGAUGGACGGCGGCGGCGAGAGGGACCAUGCCGCUACGGAGCGCCGGUGUCCGGGACCAAGGCUCUGACUGUCCGUGUCGCUGUACAAGUAGAAGAGCCGGAGUGUCGGUAGGAGCUGAAACCAGUGGGUACUUGGUGCAAAGGUACUCCAAGAUCGGGCAUCGGAGGAGAAUCAAGAGAGAAUUAUCGGCAUCAUCACCGGGGUUGGCGAAAGAAGCAGCAGUCUUAGCGCGCGCCAGGCACUGGCCGGGGCCGCGCUGGGAGCCGGUUGGAUGCUCCGCUGGGCAAGGACGGUCCUCCAGCCACAACAACAACAACAACAACAACAAGAGCAGCCACUGCCAGGGUUAUUGUCUUGCGGUAACAGCGGCGGCAGCAGCAGCAGCCUGUUGUUGGUGCCAGUGAGCGGUAGCCCCGAGCAGCGGCUGGCCCUCGAGGAGGAAGACGAGCAGCUGGCCACGUUCUACGGGGACGGGCAUUGGGCCUACCACGGGGUAGAGGAGGACUCGCUGCCACUGUUCGCCGCUAGCUGCUGGGGCCGCAUGGAGGCGAGCGUGUGCUGUCUGCCCCAACAGCAGGGGCAGCCACCGCCCGCGCCCCCGCCACCCCAAACGACCCUACCCCCUGCAUCCUCCUCGUCCGCGUCGGUAGCUAUUGCAGUGGCGCCUGGCCAGCAGCCGACGGCCGUCGCCCCGUCGUCUUCGUCGUCCUCGUCCUCGUCGUCCUCGUCGUCCUCGUCGUCCUCGUCGUCGCCGAGUGGUGCCGUGACGGGUGCGGGACUGCAGGCGCAGGUGAUCAGCCAGCCGUACCACUACGUCGCCGACCAGAUAGUCCCGGAGCGACUAGAUCUCGUGCAGGGCCAUGGACUGUCGGGACUACUGGCGAGCCAGGACAACACCCCGGUCCAACAGCAACAACUCUGGCAGACCGGACAGGCUCACGCAGCGCCCGCCUACAUCGACUACUCCUGGCUGCAGAUGCAGACCUCGGAUCUGGAUACGUUGCUCUGCCAGACCUCGCAAGACCUCGAGCGGCUGCAAAGGCUCGAGGACGAGGACAAGGAUGGCCAGAUGGAGGAGUUUUUCGAGGUCGGCUGCAGGACCCAACAACAGCAGCAGACAAGUUUCGUCGUGACGACUACCGCGGUGGCGGUGCACGCAGCCAACCCGAGCCGGAACUCGAACCACCACCACCCGCACCCUCACCACCACCAUAACCACCACCAGCAGCAAACGGCCUCAGACGACGACGUAUUUUUGAGGCCACCCCUCUGGGAGGACAUAACUUCCAGCAUACAGAAGCUCGAUCCCGAGAACGCCGACAUGCUCGGCCAGUCCCAGACCUCGGCGCACUUGCACGUGAAAUUGGAGAAUUUGACGGACGAGCCGGCGCCGCCGUCGCUCUCCUCGCCCCAGCCGGUGCUCUCGCCCCACGAGGUCAAAACCGAGCCCCAGUCGAGCCUUCCGACCCUCCACCUCCUCGAGGCGCCCGCCUCGUCCUCGAGCUACGCUGCCACGGCGAGUGGCAGAACGUCGCUCCACCAUCGCAAUGCUGCCGCCUUCAAGCUGUUUCCCUGCGCGAACAACAACAACCCCACUGCCAGCAACAACAACACGCAGUAAAUAUCCACCAGACAAAUCCCUACGUCUCACCAGCAGUGCAUAACGUUAUUUGCUCUUCCUUAACAACAGCAACAACAACAACAACAACAACAACAACAGCAUACGGAGCCACAAGGGACUGGGAGCGCGGCCCUGUACGGCUCGAUGACGCGGUUGAUGUACGUGUCGCCGUUGACGCCGCCGAUCUCGGACCCGGGCUCGCCUCUGGGAGGCCCGCCCAGGCGGACACCGCCGCCACCGUAUCCCCAGCCGGCCCUGCUGGCCAACCCGACGAGCCACAGGAUCCAGGCUGCCUCGAUGACCGGCAAGUUCAAUCGCAGGAACAACCCCGAGCUCGAGAAGCGCAGGGUCCACCACUGCGACUUUCACGGUUGCACCAAGGUCUACACCAAGAGCUCGCACCUCAAGGCUCAUCAGCGGAUUCACACCGGUGAAAAGCCGUACCAGUGCCAGUGGCCGGAGUGCGAGUGGCGGUUCGCGAGGAGCGACGAGCUUACGCGCCACUAUCGGAAGCACACGGGCGCCAAGCCCUUCAAGUGCGGGGUUUGCGAGCGCUCGUUCGCCCGUAGCGAUCACCUCGCCCUUCACAUGAAGCGGCACCUACCCAAGCAGCAUCCCAAGUGACUUUGUACCGGUGCACAUCCCUUAUACCGUUGCCUCGAUGCUCUCGUCUACCACGACCUUUAGACCGCGAAUCUCCAUGAUCUUCUGUAAUUAUAUAUAUAUAUUAUAUUGUAUUGUAUUGUAUGUAUAUUGAGUAUGUAUAGGUAUAACGUGCAUUAUAUGAUGAUGGAUAUCGUGUAUUCGGCAAAAAAAGUGUCUCUUGUGUUGUAGCCCGCGACGACGACUGAAUGCGCGCGCGCGCGAGUCUGUG